AUGAUAGAUUCAAAUAAAAUGUUAGAACAAACAAAACUUGCUAAUAAGACUGAAACAAUAUUUAUUAAUGAUACAAAUUCCGCUCAUUACUUCAUGUACAGUAAUAUUAUUAGCGAUGGAAGAAAUGUUUCUGAAACAGCUAAUUUAAUCAACAAUAAACUCAUAUCUUACUAUAGAAAUGACAAUGAAUUCAUUUCAUCUGAUACAGACACAUUCAUUACAACAGCAACUGAUUCAUCCCAAUUACUUAUACCGUAUACCACAAAAGAAACUGCUUUAACAUCAAUUAGCGAUGACGAAAAAAAAAGCAAUCACAUUGUUAUUCAAACGAUAUCAUUAAAAGAAUAUGCUCCAUCAACUACUACAUUUUAUCGUAAUACAGAUAUUUUGGGAACAGACGAACAAGUAACUACAGUUUCUCCCGCUUCAUUCAUCAAGAAAUUAAACAACGUAAAUGAAGAUGAGCUAUCAACCAAUGAUAUCCCAAAAUCAACAUUUAAUAGUACUGAUUCAUCUGAGUCACGUAACCAGAAAGAGGAUUUCAUCGUCGAAAAGAUGGAUAUUUUCUCAACGAAAUCAUAUAAUGAUAGUACUAUUCUGGAUGAUUAUCAUUUCGCUAGUACUCAAUCAACAACAUUCAAUCCAAUAUUUCUCGAAAAUAGUGAUAGUUUUGCUGAAGCUGAUGAUAUGAGUGUUAAAAACGUGGUAGAAUCAACGGAUCUUUCGAUACAAUCUAAUAAUUCAACUUCAACAGAUCAAAUUACAAAAUUUGUUAGUAGCAUUGCUAAUGAAAAUGAAGGCGUCAGAAAUUUUUUGAUGGAAACGAAUAACUUACAUUCAAUAAAUUCGGAUUCAAUUACGAGUAACAUAACAAUAGUUCCAGCGGAAACUAUUUUUCCAAAAAUAUCAACAAUUGAUAAAAAGAUUGUUAUUGAAGCCAAACAGAAAUGGACAGAAGCGCUCCAAAUACCAACGUCAGAUAUCAAAGAUUCUGCACAUUCCUUAGAAGAUUUGAUCCCUACUUCUAACUCGAUAAACAUCGAUAACUUGACCAAUUCACAGGAAAAUUCACUUUUUUCGGAUAGGAAUGAUGAAUCAACAAAAACGACGGAAAAAUCGGAUCAAUCAAUUAAUUGGACAAAUGGUGAAGAAACUGCUCGAUUAAAACAAAAUGAAACGGAAUUGAAAGGAAGCACGCUUACUCAACCAAUACAAGAUACAAUUAUCUCUAGAAAUAACUAUGAUGCGAACAUUUCGAAUAUUCCGGAUAUAAAAAAGAGUGGAAGUAUCACAAGGCAGAUGAAUAAUGGAGCGUCAAUCUUGAAAUUAUCUCACAGUACUUCGGAAGAUACAUCGAAUGUCAAAAAUUCAACAAUGAUAAGCAAUCCUGAAGCUUCAAAAGCUUUUGUUCAAGAAGAUAUACAUUCUAGUAUUAGCGAUAAGAAUGUGGAACACUUCACCUUGGGAAGAAACAAUUCAUUUUUUACCACCGAAUUCUCAACAGCCUUGAAAAAAGUCUUACCCAAAAUUGUAAUGAAUUUGCCAGGAACAUUAACCGGUGCUUCCUCAUCAUCAAGUGAUGAAGAACGAUUGAUCACAACAAGUGGAAAAUUGCAAUCAUUUGCUGAAACAUCAGGAAUAAUGAAAGCGACAAGCUCGUCACCAAUUACAAAUAAUUUUUUUGAAGAUUCUGAAUUAUCAACAAUUGCAACAACAGAGUCACAAGAUAAUGAAAUGGUUGUUAGUUUCAUCACAGGAAGAAAUCAUGAAUUAAUCACUGAUAAAUCACUGCAUACCCCUUUUAUUGCUUCGAUUGCUGAAACUAUCAAUGAUGAAAUCGUUACUGCAAAUAGUUUCACAAUUAAAUCACAAAUAUUUCCUAGCAAAGAAAUUUUUGAUGCCAGUCAAACAACCGAAACUUCCAUAUUAUCAAGUUUAAGAACGAAAAAUUUCAUUGAAUCUUCAACUAUUACACAGAAUACCAUAAAAGGGAUUCAAAAUGCAAUUGAGGACGACGAAAUUGAACUUCCAGCCAUAACAGAAAAGAAACAACCAGUGUCUGUUUUUAAUAUAUCACUACCAGCUUUACUAUAUGAUGCUCAAUUUAUAUCGUAUAUUAAUCGAACAAGCAGUAAUUACAAUUUCUUAUUUUUGGAUGAAGUCAGUUAUACAGAAGAAAAGGAAUCAGAAGUACUUGAUUCAUCAAAAAUUGCUUUUAUCAUGGAUGACGAAUCUACUUCACUAGAUAAUUUAGGAAAUGAUGCAAAUGAAACAUACGUUGAUUUUUAUUUAGAUGAUUCUAUAUCAUCAGUAGAUGAUACGAUAGCAGAAGAAAGGUUUAGAUUAGCAAACUUAGCAGUGAGAAAUAAACAAGAAAUACGAUUUCAACCAGAAACGACAACUAUUAUAUCAGUUCUUGGUGGGACGACACGAGCAAAUACUGUCUCGAAUUGGAUAAAAAAUGCUAAAGAACAUCACCAUAGUUUAUUUUCAGCGGAUAGCGAUUCGUCAUUACAUUAUCUGACAAAAAAUACAGUAGCAAUUAGCACGUUGGAGAAUACACAAUUACCUGCGAUAUCACAGGAUUUUGAAGGAUUGAGGAAAGAAUUUGAUGACAUAACUUCAAGUCAUCAGGAAAUUAAUGCAACUGAAAGCAUAACAGUAUCAAAAAUAGAAAAUCCAAUAAAAUCUGAUUUUACUGUCCGAACAACAGAUGAAAAUUUCAAUGCUCCAAUUGCUGUACGUAUGGUCAUUUCGAGAGCGCUAAAUAGUAUUGAGAAUCCGAGCAACACUUUAUCCUCUAGCAUACCAUCUCCUGAAAUUGAAGCAAUUGCUGCAACAAAUAUUAAUUACGAAAAGAUUGCUGAUCAAACAAUAACAAUAUUGAAAGCAAAAAAGCCUGUCAGAAAUAAUUUAUCUUCAUCUAUUAUAUCAACUACUCAGUGGACUUCUACUGUAAAGCCAACAGUAGCUUUAUCUUCUGAUCAAAUUUUCCUACGUGAAUUAAGUACAACAACAGCACAUUCACAUUCGCAAUCUCAAAUUGAUGAAAGUACCGCUGACAGAAGUAAAAGUGAAGAAUGGCUAAAUAUCACAGACAGGAAUGAUAAUAUUGCUGAUACUUUUCAAACAUCAACUACUGAUAUAAUAUCGCAGUCUUCAUCAAUGAUCAAUGAAAAUUCAUUUUUGCAGAAUAGGCACAACAUGAACAAAAAUGCUAUUACUUCAGUUAGUACCGCUAUCUUGAAUGAUACACAGAAUGAUACUUCUUUAACGAUCAUGUGA